AUGACCCAAUCCAAGCUUUCAGAAAAUUUAGACGGCCCCGCCCUUUUCCAGCCAGAGGCUGGAAAAGAUAAAAUGGAAGCCCAACUGAUUCGCUAUUCUGGCGAAAAGUACUUGAUGAAUUUUCAAACUCUAGAUGAAAUAGUUAGAGAAAAUGGUGAUGAGAGAUUGUCCGCAAUUCUUGAAAAUGAAAUAGCAAAUCAUUGUGAUAUUUCAUUUAUAGCCAUUGAGAAUAAAGGGUCAACAGAAAAGAUAAAUGAAACUUAUCGCUAUGUAUUGCAUCUUUAUAGUCGCCUUAUUAAUGGCCAAAAGGCACUGGUAACUCUUAUAGGCAUUCAGGUUUUCUUUAACAUUCGCGUACCAGACGGAGAAACUUCAGAUGAAUGCAAAGAAAAGAUGAGCGAAAUUCUCUCUGGCAUCAUGAAAUUAUUUAAAAUGGAGCAUAUUAAAGUAUUUCCUUUCCAUGGAUACUAUACCGAAAAAAAACCAUAUUUACAAAUUUAUACAAAUAGUACUGGAGAAAGAAAGAGAGCCAUCAAAGCUGUUCAAGAUAAUAAUUUCGAAACUGCUUUAGAUGAUUUAUACUCAUUCCACUAA